AUGGCGGCGGCCAUGAUAUUUUUGCACAUCGCUCACAGGAAUCGUGAAAGAGUAUUUAGAGACAUUGAUAACCCUUUGGAUUAUUUGAACGAUGAUGCUAUCGUUAUAGCCAACAUGGCCAAGUGGCCAGAUGGAACACAUGAUUCGUACAUAUGGAGGAACUCUUCAAUACAUAAUCUGUUUGAAAGUGGUACAAUUUCAGAUGGGUGGUUACUUGGGGAUAGUGGAUAUCCACUGCGUCCUUGGCUUCUGACCCCUGUACUUAAUCCAACUACAGACGCACAAGAGAGAUACAAUGCAGCUCACAUACGCACAAGGAAUGUUAUUGAACGGGCCUUUGGUGUUUUGAAAUCAAGAUUUCGAUGCCUAGAUAAUAGCGCAGGAGCUCUUAUAUACAGUCCACAGAAGGCUUGUGAUAUUACAGUAGCCUGUGUAGUUCUUCACAACAUGUGUAUAAGACGAAGAAUACCAUUACCAGAUGGGGUUGUUCCUUGUGACAAUGGAAGAAUUCGUGUGAAUUACAGAGGAAGGUGUAACGACGGUACAAGAGUGCGUGAUCAACUGAUAGCUGGACGAUUUUCGGUGUAA